AUGGCCAAAGAUCCAGAACGGAAAAGUGGCGACCCGGGCCAUGGCCGGAGAAUAUGGAAUCCCGGACCACGAAGCACAACAUUUGCGGACCACCCCAUGAACACCAUGGCCAGAGCUGGCACACAUGAGCCACGAAAUAUGGAAGAAACCAUCCCCAGUGGAGAAAAUAGCCGGAAAAUAAAAGGAAUGGAAUGGAGGAAGCACAGGAACGGACAGCCCAGGCGGAGAAUCCCUGGCUGGAAACGGAGAGCCAUGGACCGGACUGGAUUGAAAGGCCAGUGGACCCCGACCCGACACGAGAGCCCGGAAGAGACCAACAUCUCAUGGAGCGGCCGGACACGGAAGGACAGACGGAUAAUGGAAUGGAAACAUGGACAACUGGAUGCCCGGACCCACGAAGGAUCAACCGACCGGAGGAAAGGAAACGGAAGGAAUGGAGGAAUGGGAGGAGUGGAGGAGCGUCUCCACCUCCAUAAGAAGAGGUCGGAGGUGAAGCAGCCCUUUGCUCAGCUGGCCGGAGUCUCUCUGCUGAAGCCUCUGAAAGGAGUAGACCCCAACCUCAUCUCCAACCUGGAGACCUUCUUCACUAUGGACUACCCCAAGUAUGAGAUCCUGCUGUGUAUCCAGGAUCUAGACGACCCAGCUGUUGACGUGUGUAAAAAGCUGUUGGGGAAAUAUCCCAACGUAGACGCUCGACUAUUCAUCGGGGGGAAGAAAGUGGGAAUCAACCCCAAGAUCAACAACCUGAUGCCGGGCUACGAAGGAGCCAAGUACGGCCUGGUCUGGAUCUGUGACAGCGGCAUCAGAGUGAAACCUGACACCCUGACAGAUAUGACCAAUCAGAUGACAGAGAAGGUGGGAUUGGUCCACGGGUUACCGUACGUCGCUGACCGCCAAGGCUUCGCCGCCACACUGGAGCAGGUGUACUUUGGGACGUCCCACCCCCGGUCCUACAUCUCGGCCAACGUGACGGGGAUAAAGUGCGUGACGGGCAUGUCCUGUCUGAUGAGGAAGGACGUGCUGGACCAGGCCGGAGGACUGGUGUCCUUCGCCCAGUACAUCGCCGAGGACUACUUCAUGGCUAAGGCCAUCGCUGAUAGGGGCUGGAAGUUCUCCAUGGCGACGCAGGUGGCGAUGCAGAACUCAGGCUCGUACUCCAUUGGUCAGUUCCAGUCCCGCAUGAUCAGGUGGACCAAGCUGAGGAUCAACAUGCUACCUGGCACCGUGCUGGACGUUCACCUAUUAAUGGCACGGCCAAUCACAGAGCAGGAGAAGCCUGGGCCCUAG